AAGGGAUGAAAGUUGCGGGCACUUUACAAUUGCAGCUGAUCGAUCAAACAAAAAAAUUGAUACACAGGAAUUCAGGAAAAAAUGCUUUAAAUAUAGAAAGAGAAAGUGAUUCAUUGGCUCGCACGAAAUGGACAAAAAUUUGGAUGAGGUCAAAGGCACCGUGCAAAAGAAGUUCAAUGAAAUCCGUGCGGCAUUGCAUAUGAGGGAAAAGCUGCUCCUGCGACAGCUGGAAGUCAUAGCGAACACUCGACAGCAGCAGCAGCUGCUGAAGAAGUCUACCAACGCAGUGGAUAACUCCGAUGCCAAGAGGGAGCACAGUGGCGUCCGUUUCAUCCCGGGCGAGGGCGAAGAUGCCGAGGAGCAGCUACUGACCGCCAUCCGGAGCUAUGGACACUUCCUGCUGGACAACAGUGACAUGCAGCUGGCGCUGCAGGACUAUCGCACCACGGGCCUGAGGAACGAGGACUACAUAGAGCCGCUGGACGACCACGAGACCAUGUACAAGUGCCUGCAGGACGGGAAUGUGUCGUAUCUAGACCUGGACGAGGAUGGUGCCCCGCCAGAGGCCAUUGUGGUGGACUUCUCGCGCAACAGAACGCUGAUGGAGGACAAUGCCAAGCGCUCCAUCAUCAACAUCACACUGCAGGAAGCCAAGGACCUGAUCAAGAAGGCAAAGAUCAAAAGGGAAACCUAUGUGCCGCCCUUGAACCUGGAGGAGCUGGAUGACGAGCUGGAGUCCUCGAUAGCCGAAGCCGUUUCCAGUUUGGGUCGCGAAACCUCGAUUAAGUCGAAGAGCAGCGUUCAGGAACCACCGAAAACCAAGAGCCGCAAGCAACGUUUUAAGCCAAAGAUCACUAUAAACAAUUGCAAUGGCACCAUCAACCUGCGCAACAUUGCCAGCCUGACCAUCAAUUGCGCCAGCGAGGAGGCGGUCAGUGCGGAGAUUCCUUUGGCCAAAUCCGCCGAUUCCAGUGCCACCGAACCCUCGAACUCCACGCCUACAACCACCGCCUCUAGUUCCAAUUACUCCAGCAAUGCCAGCUCCCGCUCGCAGUCGAAAAAGCAAAAGGCCAACAAAAAGCAGGAGAGGAUUGAGCGCGAACCCAGCUCCGAUUCCACGCCCACACCAGGACACCAGGGGCAACGCUACGAGGAGACCGAGAUCCACGACGUCACCUGCGACUUCUACAAUCGCCUCCUCAACGAGAUCAAGAAGAGCAUGGUGGAGAAGCCGCGCCGGACGUACCACCAAAUGACGGAGCCGGUUCAAGCUGCCGCUGCCGAUUCCAGCUGCGAUGCCAACUCCAAUCCCAGGCAGUCGUCGACUGCCAAGCAGGAACCCGUUUCGACCACCACAUCGCUCACAAAGAGCGAUUCGGGACCACAACUGCAGCCGGGCAAGCGGCUCAUCCUCAAGAACUUCGAGAACCUCAAGAUCAUCCUGGAGGCGAACAGCGGCGACGAGGACUCAUUCCAUCCCGUGCAGAUCGAGCAGUGGCUGGCGGAGAUCAUCUCGGAAACUGAUCUGGAGCCCAUGCAGAACACCGACAUUCUGGAGCACAGCCGCAUCCACAGCAGCGAGAGUCCCUGAAGCUGGGGAUCCGCUAUGUUCCAAUCAAUUUAUCCUUAAUGCACUCAGUAUUUUUUACCCCAUUAUUUUAUGUGUAGCUAUAGUUUCCUUAAUUUGUUUUUAGUUUAAAUUUUAAUCUUAGUUAGUUUUGAUUUCUCAAAAGACCUGUGCUUAUGUUUUUAUUUUCAAUCUUAAAUUCAUUUUGGCGGAACUGGAGUUGAAGAAAUCUGAUACAGCUUGGUUUCUUUUUCCAUUCCUAUAAUAUAUCCAAGAAUGCAAGUUUC